AUGGCGCGUUUAAUUUUCAUUGGUCUAGAAGCCACUGGGAAAACAGCUGCUUUUCAUAAUAUUACUGGCCAGAGAAACUAUAUGACGACACGUGAGACAGUCGGGAUUAAUACCUCCACAUUUAGUGUUAGAGGCACAGGCUGUAGGUCGCAGGACAUCUCCAUAACACUAGUGGAUUUGGGCGGCAGUGAAAAGAUUCGCGACCUUUGGUCUAGUCAGUUCUUCGACACGUCUGGUGCACUCUAUUUCAUCCGGGACCCAGAUACCCUCGAUCUGGCUGUGCAGCUACUACUCAAUAUUCUCACCACAACCAGCUUUCCACUCCACAUACUCAUCAAUAAUCAAGAGGCAAGUACUGCUUCGAGGCUGGAAGCAGUGAUUAAGGAACUUCUCGACGAGCAUUCACCAUCACGACCGUUGCUGUGCUGCUCUAUCUGUGAUAUAUCUGUAAGAUACCGCAAAAAUAAGACCCUCAUAAGUAUCAUGAAAAGCUUAGGUCUCGCUGCUCAUACCUACUAUGUGGCAAAUCGCGAAGAGAUCAUAUUGCAGCAGAGAGAUGCCCUUAUGACAUCCUUUCAUCUUAACCUUUCUACAGAAGAGCGGAAACAAAAACUAUUGGAACUCAGACAGCAACACAAUUCAAUGGAUCCCCAGGAACAGGAUGCAGCAGAGACCCAGGAAGCGAAGGAAAUUCAGAUUCUAACACCAACUAUGUUUACAACGUCUGUGUAA